AAUAUAAAAUAUGUUUUGACUUUUGAGCCUCAAGCUGCGGAUCCUUUCAUUAUUUCCUUAUUUUUAAUUUAAUCUUGUACUCUUUUUGUGAGUAGAAGCUUUAAUUAACUUGCAGUAUGGGCAUCUAAGCUUUGUACUUGCCUCUCAGAAUGUCUCCUUAUUUCUGCUCUCAGAUCUCUCCGCAGGCUCCUAUUUUGUGCAGAGCCGUGCAGCCAUCCAUUGUGGCAGAGCAACAAUCCUUUUUUGUUUUCGGAACUUUGAACAAAGAAAUUCUUGGCGAAAGAUUCACUUCCAAAGCUUGCAAUAUCAGGGUUCAAUGUACCUUUUUGGGUGGAUCAAGAUUCGUAACUCCAAAAGUCUUUCAAAGAAAUAUCAGCAAUUCAAAAGACUUCGUUGUUUCAGCUUCUUGGCUUACAAGUUCAAUGAUCGCCAGUAAUGCAUUCACUUGGGCUACCGUUUCUGUGCUUCCCUUUUACACGCUUAUGGUUCUUGCACCUAAUGCUACUCUGACAAGAAGGGCUAUGAAGAGUGAUUUACCUUAUGUUGUGCUUGGACUUGUUUACGCAUUCCUUCUCUAUCAUUCAUGGUCUCCUGACACACUGCGGUUGAUGUUUGCUAGUAAAUAUUGGCUUCCUGAGUUACCUGGUAUAUCAAAGAUGUUUAUGAAUGAAAUGACCUUGGCUUCUGCAUGGAUUCACUUGCUAGCCAUAGACCUUUAUGCUGCCAGACAGGUUUAUUAUGAUGGUAUCAAGAACAAUGUUGAAACUCGGCAUUCUGUCUCUUUAUGCCUUCUUUUCUGUCCGAUUGGAAUAAUAAUCCAUGUCAUCACUAAGGUUUUGGCCAAGGCAUACUCGGAUUAACAAAUUAAUGCAGAGGGUUCCAGUUAUUUUUCAAGAUUACUUUUCAGUGUAAUGGUGGAUAAACUUUAUACUUUCUCUAUUUGCGUUGGCGGGAUGUGUGAUCAUUGGCAGGCUUGCAAGUUUUGGGCAUUGAUGGAUAUAUCGUAAGUUAAAUUCAACUCUCUUCAGUACAAAUGAACUUGAAAUAAUUAAUGGUCACUACAUGAUUUAUGACUUCUGAACAGAUUAA